AUGGUCAUCGUGAGGCAGAACGAGUACGUCCCAGCUGACCUAGUCCUGCUGACGACUUCCCAUGAGGAAGGCCAUGUCUAUAUUGAGACUGCGAACUUGGAUGGCGAGACCAACCUGAAGACAAAACAGGCACCUGCCCGCACUUUCAAGAUGGUCGGCCAGCAUGAGACUAUGGAGGAGGCAGCCAGGGCUGCAUCUCAAAUUGACAUGAAGUGCGAGUGCGAGCUGCCAAACGAAUUCCUCUACACGUUCGCCGGGAACAUCAAGGCCAACAGCGCCGGUGGCGAGCAGAACGUCUCCCUGGACGAGCAGCACGUCGUCCUCCGGGGAUGCAAGAUCAAGAACAUCUCCUGGUGCUUGGGCGUGGUGGUCUAUAGCGGCAGCGAGACCAAGAUCAUGAUGAACAGCAAGAAUCAGAAGGGCCGCAAGCUCUCACACCUGGAGCGGGAUGUGGGAAGGUUGACGCUUCUUGUUUUUGCAAUUCAGAACGUGCUUUGCCUCAUCGCCGCCAUUGCCAGCGCGAUGUUUGAGACCAGCGAGGACAAUCUCAAAAAGAUGUACCUGAACCUCACUGACGAGAAUGGCAACGCCCAGUCGGCCUUCUUAGUCCUGCUGAUCCGAUUCUUCAACUUCAUCAUCUUGUUCUCCAACUUUAUACCGAUCUCCCUUCUGGUGUCCAUGAGCUUAGCAAAGUUGGCGCAAGUCUUCUUCUUCUACGCCGACGAAGACAUGCUCCACCAGGGCAUCCGCUGCAUGCCUCGCACGUCGGACCUCAACGAGGAGUUGGGCCAGGUGGAGUACGUCUUCUCUGACAAGACGGGCACCCUGACGUGCAACGUUAUGGACUUCCGGAAGUUUUGCGUCAAGGGCAUCACCUACGGCCAGGGCAUGACGGAGAUCAAGCGCCAGGCUGCUCUUCCUCUGUUAGUGAUGAUGAAGAUGGGCAAAACCGUGGAGGAGACUCCCCACGUUGACCUGGUCGAUCCUCGCGUGGACGACCUCUUGAGGAUGAGCGAGAAAGCCUCGCCGCUGAAGAAGGGCGCCUCGUCGAGAGCAGCGACCCCGCCUCCGAAGGAGCAAGCUGAGGGCCUCGGAAGCGGAGACACGCUCCUGGUCCGCGUGGAUAUCUACUCAUCGGACAGCUGGUCCAAAGAACAACUCUUGCACGGGACUAUGGACCGGUAUGGAUCUGAGCCGACGCAGUAUAUUCCUACAGUGAAGUCCAUCCUCUGGUUCCUUAGCUACCAUGGUCUACAAGUCCUGUCAGCACGCUUUAUGCCAGGCGUCCUUGUGCAGACGAACGGCCUGGAUUAUCCGUGCAACGGUUACCUCACCUUCUAUGCCUCCCUUCUGGGGGCCGGGCUUCUCCAUGCCUGUGGACUCUUCGACCUGACCACGCUGGUGAAGGAGUACCCGUCGUUCAUGUCCACGGCCAUCAUUCUUGGCGAUAUCUACUCCGUGGUCAUUCACGUGUGCUACGCCAAGGGCAAGGAGCUGGAGAGCAUCUAUGCCUUCUUCAUGGGAACCGCCCUCCAUCCUCGCGUCGGCAAGUUGGUAGAUGUCAAGAUGGUGGCCGAGACGCGGCUGUCGUGGACCCUGCUGCUGCUGAUUACCUUGGGCUGUUAUGUGGAGACGUCCCGGCUGACGGGCAGCUGGCUGAACCCGACGGCCUUCAUGGUGCUGGCACACUUUCUCUAUGGUCAGGCAUGCGCCAAAGGUGAGCAUUUUAUCCCAUAUACCUGGGACAUCACCACAGAGAAGUUUGGUUGGAUGCUUUGCUGGUGGAACCUUGCGGGCGUUCCGCUGCUCUACUGCUACCAGUCGCUGUUCCUGUGCAAGAACAGUUGGGCCGGAUUGGUCCUGCCACCCCUCCCGGGUCUCUACUACGCAGUGAUCUCCGUCCUGCUCGUGUUGAUGUACGCGCUGUGGGACGAGGCAAACUACCAGAAGUGCUACUUCAAGGCAGAGAUGAGGCCGAUUGUUCAGGGUUUAGGGUUUAGGGUUUAG